UGGAGACCGCGCCAAAGCUCAGACAGCGGCCACUCUUCAGGAUAACAGCACACUGCGGAGAGCCUUUAAACGCACCGCACCGACGAUACGGACACUCCACACAUCGGAUUGCUCGGUGUUUUUAUUAUUUAACGGGACUGUUUUUAUUGUACGGGCGUGAGUCGAGGCACAGAAGACAGUUUUCAUGCCGGUUUUCGGGAAAUGGUGUACGGCUGCACGGUCGUGACACAACUGUGACGGGCGCGGUGCGGCGGAGUUGGCGCACUGCUGGACGGGAUAUAUUUAUUCAGCCUCAGCCAACAGGAGUCCGCACCAUUCACACACACUGAGCCUCAAACACUUCUGUUCUUGGUGAAAACUCUCAAGUGGCUGAAUAGAGAUCGUCUUCGCCGGCUUGUCAUCUUGAAUAUGUUGCUGUCAAAGUUUGGUUCAUUUUCGCACAUUUGCAAUCCUUCAAGUAUGGACCUACCCGUGAAAAUACAGCUCCAGCCAGUCAAAAUGGAAAAGGAGCCUUUCGAGAAGGUUUACCAGGUGGGCUCGGUGCUGGGCAGUGGAGGCUUUGGGACUGUGUACGCCGGCAGCCGGAUCUCUGAUGGCGCACCGGUUGCUGUGAAACAUGUUGCAAAAGAGAGAGUGACCGAAUGGGGCACAAUUAAUGGAGCUAUGGUGCCUUUGGAGAUCCUGCUGCUAAAAAAGGUCAGCUCUUCUUUUCGUGGAGUUAUCAAAUUGCUGGACUAUUAUGAACGCGCAGACGGAUGGCUCAUCGUCAUGGAGAGGCCGGAGCUCGUCAAGGACCUUUUCGACUUCAUCACCGAGAAGGGCGCCUUGGAUGAGGAUACGGCCAGGGGCUUUUUCCGCCAGGUUUUGGAGGCGGUCAGACACUGCUACAGCUGCGGUGUAGUACACAGAGACAUCAAAGAUGAAAACCUGCUGGUGGAUCUACGCACCGGGGAGCUCAAGCUUAUUGACUUUGGCUCAGGGGCCAUUCUCAAGGACACUGUCUACACCGAUUUCGAUGGUACAAGAGUGUACAGCCCACCAGAGUGGAUCCGCUUCCAUAGAUACCAUGGUCGCUCUGCGACAGUGUGGUCGCUAGGCGUGCUGCUGUAUGACAUGGUGUGUGGAGACAUCCCCUUUGAACAGGAUGAAGAGAUCCUAAGAGGAAGACUGUACUUCAGGAGGAGGGUUUCUGCUGAAUGCCAGCAACUGAUCAAAUGGUGCCUGGCUCUGCGGCCUUCGGACCGGCCCACACUGGAGCAGAUCUGCGACCACCCCUGGAUGAGAGCUACAGCCGAAUCACCCAAGUCACCGGAGGAGCCUGUCGCCGGUGACAUCCGCCUCAGAACCAUCGACACAGACUCUUCAUCAAGCACAAGCUCCAGCAAGGAGAGCCUCUGAGGAUGGCUCUGAUGGACUGAAAUGACUUUCUGAGGAAAGAAGGGGUGGGGAUGGAGGGGCUGAUGUAGACUGAAGGCCAGCCGCCUGUAGUCCUACUGGCCUGUCAACAGCUGGGCGCUUGACUCAGCUGGACCGGCAAGAAAAAUGUACUUUAAUUUUCCUCUUUUGUAGGGAAUUUUCUAAUUUAUUACUUUGGUCUUUCUUAUCUUAUUUCCCCAUCCCCUCUUUAUUUCCUUCAGUUGAUUAUACUUGUUUCCUAAUGGGGAACAUUUUGCUGUUUGGGCGGUCUUACCAGCACUAUUUAUUUUAUCCCCCUUUUUAUCUUUAUUUUACUCAUUUUGUUACUCGGCUGGUAUAUGCAGCUGGCAAGGCCCUCCGAUUCAGACAUGACUGCUCUCAUAGAGCUUGGAGAAACCCUUUUUAUUUAAAUGUUUUAAUUUUGAUUUUGGAGUGCCUUUUUUUGGAAAGCUGCUUUUCUGGGGGCUUUCAUCAACAGCUCUAAUUUUUGGAUGGCCCCAAGUCUGGCGGCUAAGUUGCGUGUGCUGUGAUGGAAGGGGGUUUAGGCGGUAUUUCCUCUCCCCGUCCAUCACCGUGAGCCAACCUGGCCUCAGUCAAAGGGGCUAAUUAGAUAGGAGAGAAGGAGGUGGGGGCUCUUCCUGACAAUGGAAUACUUGAAACACACUCGACUCAACUCUGUGUCGCUCUCUUUAACGCUGCUCACUCACUCUAUAGCCUGAACAGGUGUUUGGAAACUGGAUCCUGUCUUUUCUGAAUGUCUACAAAAUGUCAACACACACAUUAACCCCCCACUUUUCUCCUUCUCUUCCCUCAUGCCUGUUGGAGGGUGUGUGGCCCUCUUGACUUUAUCUACUUUUCUUUUUGCCUCUCGCCAUCUCACUGCUUGACACUACAUGGCCCCUGCCCCUGGCCUCCCUCAGGGUUUGGGGUGUGAAAUGCACAAUCAAUGCAAUAUUCAUGGACUCAAUUAUUGUACAGCUUGUUUUUUUUUUUUUUUUCUUUUUUUUUGUGUGUGUGUACAUUUUUCUUCCCCUUUGCAUUUAAUUUAUUUGUAAACAUGUAGACAUUCCACACUCUGUGGCUAUUUAUUUAUUUAUUGUCUAUGCUUAAAAUCCCCCCUGAAAAAUUUGCAUAUCCUACUUGGCCUUUUUAUUUUCAUUCCUAACUUAUUUUUACAUUCGACAUUAGUUUUUUGAGAUGUGGAGGAUGCACUGAAGCAGUUGUCGAUGUUAAACAGAAUAAAACGGUUUACUUAAAUUUGAAAGAGCAUUUGAAUGUUAUUUAACUACUCUUUAAAAGUCUGUUGGUAAUGUCAAACGGCUACGUAUUUGAGAAAUCCAUCUGGUUUCUGUACUGUCAGAUUAAUUUGAGUUCUAUGGAAAGCUAAACAACGGGUGAAACCGCUUUCAUAGUCGUCACAUAGCCUCAAAUUCAAGACCUUUCAGUUUAGCUGUGUGACUUGUGGCUGUGAAGGAUGGAUAUUGCUAUUUUUUGAUACAAAAAUUUCAAUUAAACUCCCAUUUUUAUGUACAGAAA